AUGAGGGACACCUCCAUCUGCCUCUUUUUUCUUCUCGUCUGCUUGGCGGGAUCACACGCACAUUCGUCACAAGAGGCUCGCCUAAGAGAAUUUAUCCUGUCCAGAAGGAGCAGUGGCAAUGCGUUCGGUGUACAUGACGAGCUGGCCUUCAUGGCCACUAGCAUCCUGAAAUCAGAGCACUCUGGUACUGACCAGAACGCUCAGAAGGCGGCCGACAAGAUUACAGUGCUUCCCGGCCAGCCGGGCGGCGCCGUCGGCUUCGACCAGUACAGCGGGUACGUGACCGUCGACGAGAAGAACGGCCGUGCGCUCUUCUACUACUUCGUGGAGGCGACACACGAUGCCGCGGCAAAGCCAUUACUCAUGUGGCUUAACGGAGGCCCUGGUUGCUCAUCAGUAGGCUACGGAGCAAUGAUAGAAAUUGGCCCGUUCCGCAUAAACAGCGACAACAAAACCCUGAGCCGAAACGAGAACGCCUGGAACAGCGAGGCCAACGUGCUCUUCCUGGAGUCACCUGCCGGUGUUGGCUUCUCCUACUCCAACAAAUCUUCAGACUAUGAUAAGAGUGGUGACCAAAGGACCGCGGCUGAUGCAUUCGUUUUCCUCAUCAAUUGGCUCGAGAGGUACCCUGAGUACAAAGCACGCGCCUUUUACAUCUCCGGGGAGAGCUAUGCCGGACACUACGUUCCGCAGCUCGCAGCAGCCAUCCUUAGUCACAAUAUAAAGAGUAAAAGCGAUAUCAUAAAUCUUCAGGCUAUAUUGGUUGGCAAUCCAUACCUGGACGAUAACAAGAACACAAAGGGGCAAAUUGACUACUUAUGGAGCCAUGGGGUGAUAUCAGAUGAGGUGUGGACCAACAUUACAAAGAACUGCAAGUUCAGUCCUGUGGAUGGCAACACGUGUUCUGAUGCUAUGGAAUCAUAUGACUCUGGAUACAUUAGUCCGUACAACAUAUAUGCUCCUGUUUGCAUCGACGAACCCAAUGGAAACUACUACCCCAGCAGCAAUGUUCCGGGAAUUGAUCCAUGCAGCAACUACUAUAUCGAGGCUUACAUGAACAAUCCCUUGGUGCAGAAGGCUUUCCAUGCUAAAACGACAAAGUGGUCAGGCUGCACAGACUUGCACUGGAAAGAUGCUCCAGUGUCCAUGAUGCCGACCAUCAAAUGGCUUCUGGGACAUAGGCUACCGGUGUGGCUAUACAGUGGAGACUUUGAUGCCAUCUGCCCACUCACCGCCACAAGGUACUCCAUCACUGACCUCUUGCUCUCAGUCAUGGAGCCAUGGCGCCCGUGGACAGCAACCAAAGAGGUUGGAGGCUAUGUUCAGCAGUACACGGGAGGUCUUGUGCUUAUUUCAGUGAGGGGAGCUGGUCAUCAAGUUCCUUAUUUCCAGCCUGAGAGAGCACUAGUACUGCUCAGAUCUUUCUUGAAAGGAACGCUCCCACCUUAUGUAGUAGAGCAGUAA